AUAUGAGGAAAUAUUUCCGUAAAUUUGGUUUAAAACACUGCGACCUGCCCACAAUGCUGUGGAACGUAGCUGUCCUGUUGAGAGUUAAUUGUAUUAACAUUGAUAGAAAAUAUAAGCGGAUCCCAUGGAUCUUCUACCUACUGAACGUAAUAUGCUGUGGAUGCCACAUCUACGCGUACAUCUUCUCCGCGAUCUGGUUCACGUUCGUGCGAUGCCGAGAGACUGGAGACUAUGCGGCUGCAGCCGUGGAGUUCUCUAUCGGCGCAUGCAGCGGUUGCGCCUCUAAGUUUAUUUAUAUGCAGCUCUACUCAGAUACAGUAAAAAAUCUGGUAGACGAGUAUUUAAGAUGUGAUUCCCUGAUCAUACCGCAUACACGAUACGCCUCGAAUUUGCUUAAGUACUUGAGGGUUGUGAAGAUGAGAGCAACCAUCAUCUGGACGUCACUCGUCAUGAAUGGGAUCAUAUACAUUUUGCUACCCUUUGUUACACCUGGUCGACAUUUGACUGAGGAUCUGUUCGUUGUUUACGGUCUGGAGCCAAUGUUUGAAUCUCCUAACUAUGAAAUAGCGAUGGCGUUUUUGAUAUUGGGCGUCUGUUUUGCUGUCUGUACUCUAUCAAACACAACGAUGUUUAUCCUAACGGUAGUUGGUUAUCUAGAAGCUCAGAUGCAGGCUCUAAGCGAAGAAUUAUUGAACGUUUGGGAUGACAGUAAAAAGUUCUAUGACAAAUACAGAACGGAGAUAGAAGUUGUAAAUGAAAAUGAUUUGGAGAAUACAAUAAGGAAUUUAUUUAUUAAAUAUCGUUUGCAAGACGUGAUUCGAUUUCAUGUAUUGAUCAUAAAUCUUAGGAACAGCGUAGAGAAGGAUCUGCGUUAUAUUUUUGUAGUAGAAUUCAUUUUAAGAUUUCUCGGCACGGUUGCAGAACUCUUGGGUGGAUUAGAAAACACUUAUCUAGAACUGCCGUACACUUUCGUUCAGCUUUACAUGGAGUGUCUCAUCGGUCAGAGGUUGAUCGAUGCCAGUAAUGUUUUCGAGAACUCACUGUACGAAUGCAAAUGGGAAAAUUUCAAUAUUGACAAUAGGAAGACGGUGCUUUUUAUGCUGCAGUGUUCUCAAAAGACUCUAACACUAUCAGCAGGUGGAAUGGCGGUUCUGAGCUACGCUUGCUUAAUGCAGGUGAUGAAGACGACGUAUUCGGCAUAUACAACGAUGCAGUCGACGGUAGAUGAAAAAUGA